GCCUGGAGAGAUGAGGGCAGGAGCAGGGAAGGGACAGUCAGGAUGGUGAGAAGAAGUCGGAGACAGAAGCUGCAAAAAUUGACCAGGCUGUGCAGACAGGAGGAGGGGCUCAGGGUAAAGCGCGGCUGCCCUUCCUGUAGUCUGGAGGCUGGGGAUGAAAAGGAGAGAAGGGACCCUAUUUCUGUUCAGUUGUUCCCCCCAGAGCUGGUGGAGCACAUUGUCUCAUUCCUCCCAGUCAAAGAUGUUGUCGCUUUAGGCCAGACCUGCCACUACUUCCAUGAAGUGUGUGAUGCUGAGGGCGUAUGGAGACGCAUCUGUCGAAGGCUCACUCCACGCAUUCGUGACCACCGCGCUGGUGCCCGGCCCUGGAAAAGAGCUGCCAUUCUUAAUUAUACAAAGGGCCUGUAUUUCCAGGCAUUCGGAGGACGGCGCCGAUGUCUCAGCAAGAGUGUGGCCCCCAUGCUAGCCCAUGGCUACCGGCGCUUCUUACCCACAAAGGACCAUGUGUUCAUUCUUGACUAUGUGGGGACCCUCUUCUUCCUCAAAAAUGCUCUGGUGUCCUCCACCCUUGGCCAGAUCCAGUGGAAGCGGGCCUGCCGCUAUGUGGUGUUAUGUCGAGGUGCUAAGGAUUUUGCCUCCGACCCAAGAUGUGACACAGUUUACCGUAAAUACCUCUAUGUUUUGGCCACUCGGGAGCAGCCACCAGUAGUGGGCACCACUGACAGCCGGGCCUGUGACUGUGUAGAGGUCUACCUGCAGUCCAGUGGGCAGCGGGUCUUCAAGAUGACAUUCCACCACUCCAUGAGCUUCAAGCAGAUCGUGCUGGUUGGCCAGGAGACACAGCGGGCUCUACUGCUCCUCACAGACGAAGGAAAAAUCUACUCCUUGAUAGUGAAUGAGACCCAGCUGGACCAGCCACGCUCCUACACAGUACAGCUGGCCCUCAGGAAGGUGUCUCGAUGCCUGCCUCACCUUCGUGUGACCUGCAUGGCUUCUAACCAGAGCAGCACCCUCUAUAUCACGGACCAGGGGGGAGUGUAUUUUGAGGUGCACACCCCAGGGGUGUAUCGUGAUCUCUUUGGGACUCUUCAAGCCUUUGACCCUCUGGACCACCAGAUGCCACUUGCUCUCGCCCUGCCUGCCAAGGUCCUAUUUUGUGCUCUUGGCUAUAAUCACCUUGGCCUUGUGGAUGAAUUUGGCCGGAUCUUUAUGCAGGGAAAUAACAGAUAUGGGCAGUUGGGAACCGGAGACAAAAUGGACCGAGGGGAACCCACACAGGUUCGUUAUCUACAGCGUCCCAUUGCCCUGUGGUGUGGCCUCAACCAUUCCUUGGUGCUGAGUCAGACCUCGGAUUUCAACAAGGAGCUGCUGGGGUGCGGCUGUGGGGCUGGAGGCCGCCUUCCUGGCUGGCCCAAGGGGAGUGCCUCCUUCGUCAAGCUACAUAUCAAGGUCCCCUUGUGUGCCUGCUCCCUCUGCUCCACCAGAGAGUGUCUCUAUAUGCUGUCCAGCCACGACAUCGAACAAUGCCCAGUCUAUCGAGACCUGCCGGCCGGCAGGGUGGGGGGAAGCCCUGAACCUACCCAGGGGGCUGGAGCCCCCCAAGACCCUGGGGGAACAGCCCAGGCCUGUGAGGAAUACCUCAGCCAGAUCCACAGUUGCCCCACGUUGCAGGAUCGAAUGGCGAAGAUGAAGGAGAUUGUGGGCUGGAUGCCCUUGAUGGCAGCCCAGAGAGAUUUCUUCUGGGAGGCACUGGACAUGCUGCAGAAGACUCCUAGCGGGAGUGGCCCGGGCACCUCAACCCCUGAGAGCUGACCCUGCCUCCUAGCCUUUAUUCC